CCUUUUGCUUGUUUUUUAGUGGGUCUGCCUCAAGAUUUUGAAUACAUACUUGUUCGGAAGAACUAGGAAGGACUUAAUAUGGAGGCUAUAAAGAAGCAAGCUACUAAAUUGAGAGAGCAAGUGGCUAAGCAACAGCAGGCUAUUUUGAGACAAUUGGGGCACUUGGGCCAUGAAUCUGUGAUGGUUGACGAAGCAGAGCUAGAGAUUCAUCAGCGGCUUCAAGACUUAUAUAUGUCUACAAGGGCUGCAAAGCAUUUCCAGAGGGAUAUUGUUCGGGGUGUAGAAGGAUAUUUAUCAACAAGUAAAAAACAAAUGGAGAUAGCUAGAAAGUUGUCCGAGAAUUGUUAUAAAUAUGGGUGUGAGAAUCAAAAUGGUCCGUCUACCUUGCCAAGGAUUGCCGUGGAAUUUGGUACUUCACAUGCUGCAAUGGAAGAUCAAAGAGAAAUUAUGCUUGGAGUUCUUGGACAACAGGUUUGUGAGCCGUUAAGAGCAUCAAUACAUGGUGCUCCUUUAGAAGAUGCUCGCCAUUUGACUCACCGUUAUGACAGAAUGCGCCAGGAGUUUGAAGCCCAGGCUGCUGAAGUGAUAAGACGCCAAUCAAAGUUUAGAGAUGCUUCUACUGAAAGUUUGGCAAAGCUUAAAAAUGCAGAAACAAGAUUGUCGGAGCUCAAAUCUUCGGUGUUGGUUCUUGGCAAAGAAGCAACUGAUGCCAUGUUAUCUGUUGAGGAGGACCAGCAGCAGAUUACUUUCCAAAAGCUUCUUACCAUGGUCGAUGCUGAAAGAUCUUAUCAUCAGAAUGUUGUUGCCAUUUUGGAGAAGUUGCAUUCUGAGAUGCUUGAAGAAGAGCAACUAAAUGGGUCAUCCCCGCAGUCUUCAAAUUCAGAAAGAGUUUUGCAUGAUACAACUGCAAAUGGAACUGAGCAUCCAAAAACUGAGGAUAAAAGUCCUACCUAUUUUAUUGCAAAGGUUAUACACUCUUUUGAUGCCCAAGCAGAUGGUGAGCUAAGUCUAGAGGCUGGCGAUUAUGUGGUAGUUCGACAGGUAACUCCAAAUGGAUGGUCUGAAGGAGAAUGCAAGGGUAAAUCCGGAUGGUUCCCCUCGGCUUAUGCUGUAAAGUCAGACAAAGUAGCAGCAAGCAAAAUGGUGGAAAAGGAUACCACGCCAUGAAACGCUACUAUCAAUCUCUUUUGUAAAUUUCCACUUGUAUAGGUAUUUAAGGAGUUUUUGGUUUUGCUAUUUUUUCUCCUGAUGUAAAUGCAUCAUAGCUUAUGAUCAAGCUUAUUAUUUGCUGAUGUCCCAAGAUCAGUGUUUUUAUACAGGAAAAUGCGUUGUUUACGCUUGUAUUUUAUAAAUGUUAUGACUAAUUUUAGAUUUUAAUUCCA